AUGUCGACAAAUCCAGCUAGACUAGUACUGUUAGAUGAGGACACAGCAUUCGAACAUGUAUUUGACAGAUACACAAAUUUGCAGAAAAAUGCCAGUAAACUGAGUCAAGAUCUUGGCAUAGUGUCAAGAUCGACUACUUCUGUGAAUCUUGAGUUUGGGCCUAGAGACGAGAAACAAUGCCUUAGAAGGGAGCGCUUUUCUUUCGAAAUCUCUCAAUCCCUGUCGUCACUGAACUCUUCGCAGAAUAACAACAAUUCCACAACAGGCUAUGUGGUGUGGUCGACGACUCCUUUUUUCCUGCAAUGGCUUUUGUAUUCUCCGACAGGACAUGUCUUUGCCCAUGGUGGGACGCUAGAGUGUGAGACAGAGACUAAUUCCAAGACAUGCAUCAUUCCAGCGAUUUUCAGCGAUAUCAGAUUGGAGUCCGAGGAACAGCCAUUGAGGCAAAUCGUAGAGCUGGGGUGUGGGGUGGCGGGUAUUUUAGGCAUAACGUUGGGCAAUUACGUCGACAAAUAUGUGUACACGGACCAAAAGGCGCUCUUGGAUCGACUUAAGCACAAUGUAGCAGCAAAUGUUGACGAAAUGAGAAUGCGAGGCAUGGAAUCAUCUACAUUGGGAUUUGAUUUGCCGCGCAAAACCCCACUUAGGACUCAAAUGGACGUUCUAAGUCUCGACUGGGAAAAAUUCGAUCCCAGACCUGCAAAGCUGCAUCCUCUACUCAAACCACAGCGAACAGCCAUCGUGACUAUUUUAUCUUUAGACGUGGUCUAUAACGAGUAUCUGAUAGAGCCCUACUUACGCACCGUCCAGGGACUCUUGAGGGCUUACAAAGAAUUAGGCCACGUAUCAUAUGCACUGGUCGGUAUCCAGCUGAGAGACCAAGAAAUCAUCCAAAGUUUCCUCGAAUGCGCUAUAGUCGAAUUUGAACUACUGGUCCGUGCUAUAAUGGACCCUGAGAUAGAAAGCACAAGAUUUGGCCUUUACUACAUCGAGUUGAACGAGUAG